CUUUAAACGUGAUGCAAUGGAAAUUCCAGUUAGAGGAACAUGAAAACUCAUGAGAAUUAUUAGUCAGAACUGCAGUAUAUUUCCCUUAUUUGUUUUGGUACUGUCCACUAGGUUUGUGUUUGUUAUGUUUGGCUUCUGUCUGUGCGGCCUUUCAGCCAUUUCUUCUUUUCUCAUGUUAGCGUUAUGGUGCUGUUCUGUGUCGGUUCACCACUUGUGACGUUAAGCAUUUCUACUUAAAGGUCAGCUGAGUUCUUCAAAGUAUGCAGUAAAAAUACAUUAAAGUCAGCGAUACAAUGAUAUUUGAAUGCUGUAACACAAGAAAGCAGCAAAUCAUCGCAUUUCGGUAUUUAUCCAAUAAUUACUUUAACUUUAUAACUUACACUUAAAUACAUUCAUCAUUCGAAACAGAACCCUUCAUCACAUUUGUUCUAUAUUUAAAGGACAGUGUUGCACUGUGCAGGUCAAAGUGUACAAGCGCAACAAGGUGUAAAGGUACGUGAGUCUGGGUGAGUUCACCUCUGCGUAGAAAUGAAGCGGCUAGAAUGCAUUUGUGUGUGGCAUGACUCAGGAAGUGGUGAUGAAACAACAAAGGUAGAGAAAGCAGAAGUGUGUCUGGCAGAAUGCAGACAGUGUGCCAGGCUCAGCGAGCACUCCACUUAAGAGGCGUUCGUUCGCGAGGUGUUUUUAUGACGUGAACUCGGCUUUGAAACCGUGAUGGAGCCCUCGACUUCCCAUCAAAUCCACGCGCUUUCCCACAACGGCACCGCGGCCAACUGCUCCUUCCAGGAGGUGGACCGCCUGAUGCAGUACCUGGAGCUGGCCAUCUACCUCCCCAUAUUCCUCGCGGGCCUGAUCCUCAACAUCGUCGCGCUGCUGGUGUUCUGCGUCUUCCUGCGCAAAUGGACCGAGUCCACCAUCUACAUGACCAACCUGGCGCUGAUGGACCUGCUCCUGCUCUCCCUGCUCCCCUUCAAGAUGCACGCCACCAACCACCUGUGGCCCGCCGAGCUCCAGAACCUCUGCACCGUUUUGGAGAGCCUGUAUUUUGUCGGCAUUUACGGCAGCAUCUACGUCAUCAUGUUUAUAGCCGUGGACCGGUGGGUGGCGAUCUGUCACCCCUUCCGGGCCAAGCUGCUGCGUUCGCCCAGAGCGGCCAUGGGGAUCUGCUUGGGGGUGUGGGUGCUGGUUCUGGCGGUGAUAUGCUCCACCAUCUACUACUUCCGGAGGGGCGGGCAGACGGAGUUCCACUGCUUCCACGAGUUCUCCUCCAAAGGCUGGAAGCCUGUGGUGAUCGUCCCUCUGCAGGUGUUCGGGUUCCUGCUGCCCGCCGCGGUGCUGGUUUACUGCUCGGCCAACACCAUCUGGGCGCUCCAGCAGUCGGCUCAGCGCAGCUCCCAGAGCCGGGCGUGCGUGAAGAUCAUCUACAGCAGCUUGUGCGCCUUCCUGCUGCCGUUCACCCCGAGCCACCUGGCGAUCUUCCUGCAGUUCCUGGUCCACCAGGGAGUGAUCCAGGACUGCAGCAGUAAGGCCAGCAUCAGCCUGUUCAUACAGACGGCCUUGUGUUUGUCCAACAUCACCUGCUGCCUGGACGCCCUGUGCUACUACUUCAUCGCCCGCGAGACCCGGAGCACCACGCACGCGUUCAGGAGGUCCAUACAGAGAAGGGCCACCUUCAGCACCUCAGAGGUCUGAGCACGGGACAAAGGCUGUUUAGGUUAAAAUAGCAUUUUCCCUCAAAGGGCCGCCGGCAUUAUGUAUAAGACCUGGCCUCUAUUUGAGAAGCCUUGUUUAAGUAGUUCAAGGACGAGUGUGGCAUGGAGGCAAAGAAGGAGGUCAGGGUGUAAGGUCAAUUAGGCUGAGCCCAGAUGUUCAGUGAGAGAAGUGGUCUUACACCUAUAAGAGCAAACACUCACAACCAGCGCAACGUUCUAGACCUACUGACCAGUCAAACUGGUGAGAGGCUGUGAGGAAGGAUUCGCUCCCAGGCAGGAAGCAGAGCUAACGCACGGUACGUAAAUGGACCUUUUGCCCUUUUCUUUACUUUUGUACAGAUACAGUUCAUGUGAAAUAAGUAUGUUCUCAGGUUGUAUUAAUAUGCCAUCGCUCAUGUAGAAAACAGAAAUCAUCAUUAUUUGAGCACAAGAAACAAAUAACCAAUAACUAUUUAUUCACAUUCUUUUCCAUGUUUUCCUAAGAUAUUUACUAUUGAUUAUAUUAAUACCUUUUCAUGUAAUAAAUUACAAAAAGUAAUAUAAUUACUGUCCUGGUAAAAAGUAAAAUCUUAAUCAAAUCUUAAUUUUUAGGCAAAUUCUGACAGUAUCAGAAAUACAACGUAUUCCCCAUACAAUUAUUUCAGUCACAGCAAAUGUAGCGUAAUACAUUUAAUGUAGUUUAUGUGUUGUGAAAUGUUUUUGUAAUGCAUUUUUACGAAAGCCAGCUAUUCAUACAGCUAAAAUAACGAUCACACGUUCUGAACAGAUCACUAAUCACUUGGUUUUUUACUGUGAAUGAGUCAUGAGUCAGUGACUUGCAAACAUUAUAUUGGUAGACACUGAUUGGUGUCAUUUUCCUACUUAAAGCUAAACAUGUUUUGGUCAUAAAACAUAUAAAAACUUUUUUAUUUCAGUGUUUUGUUUGAUUAGCAUAAUGCAAUAAGGUGUGAAUUUAUGACAGGUUAACAUUAGGAAGCUGUCUGUGCCGGCGAAGCUGGAUCGGGAUGCGAUUUGUGUGAAAGCAGUCGAAACUAAACCACAACAGGAGGCCGCGUACGCAGCUAAGCUGCCCUCGGCUCUGACUUAGCAGCAGAGCCACCUGCUAGUUAGAUUUACUGUACAUAAAACAGGUUUUAUAUUAUGAAACAAUCUGUGAACAAUUGUCAGAACUGGCAAACUUUGGUUUACUUGCAUUAUUUGUAUUUUUAUAUUUACACUAGCUUUUAGUUAUUGAAGCUUCAUUGUUAUUUGUGUGUAACCAAUCCCAUUGGCAAUUUGAAUUUCUUUUUGAAGUAUUAAAAUCUUUUAUAUUUAAUUAAAAUUAGUUUGUUUAUGAAA